AUGGCGAUGAAGCCCUGGUCCAUGACUAACGUCUCUCUCCUUCUGCCCCUCCUCCUCCUCCUCCUCCCCCACCACCUCCGUCUCGCCUCCACCGCCGCAGACUCCGUGGAAGCCACCUGCAAGACCAUCGCCCGCGACGACCCGAACGUCCACUACGCCUUCUGCGUCGAGGCACUGCGCAGGGACCCGGCGAGCGGCGCGGCUGACACCAAGGGGCUGGCGGUGAUCGCCGCGAAGCUGUCGGAGAAAAACGCGACGAGCAUGGUAGCAGCGGCCACGGCGCUGCUGGGGAAGGCGCGGCGGCCGCCGGAGCGGCGGAGCCUGGAGACGUGCGCGAGCGCGUACGGGGAGGCGGUGGAGGCGCUGGGGCUCUCGGUGGGGGCCAUCGAGGAGGGGAGGCUGGACGACGCGAUGACGUACCUGAGCGCGAGCAUCGGCGCGGCGGAUGUGUGCGCGCAGGCGUUCGAGGAGUUGCGGGUGGCGUGCCCGUUCCCGAAGCAGAACAUGGCGGCGCAGCAGUUCUGCUACGUUGCUCUGUGCAUCACCCAUUUGCUGGGGUAG